AUGGCUGAGAUAAUUCUCGCACCAGGGAAGACAUUAAAAAUCCAAGUUGCUGAUGAAAGCGAAAAUGUUUCAUUUGUUAAUUUCAAAAAAGUUGAAGAGGUUCCUGAUUUUUCAAGUGCAAAACAAUACUCUGAGUCUUUAUCCACAAAGAAUUCAUCACUUUCUGCUGAUGUCAAUAUAUUUUUUGCUAAAGCAGGGGAAAUUUAUAAAGUUGUAUCAAGAGAAGCUGAUUCUCGAGGAUUUCAUAGCUAUGCUAAGAUUAGAAUCUUGAAUGAAGGAGACAUGAAGGUGUUAGAACAUAGAAUGAUUCAAUUACGGAAUGGAAUGCCUUCAAAUACUGAUGAUGGUGAUGACACUGCUUCAACUUGCUCAACUUUGUCACAGAUGGAUUUGAAAACCGAUUACAAUAAAGAUUUUGGUCCUUUGGUUGUGAUGUGUCUCAAGAAAUCAGAGACGUUUAAAAUUAAUAGUUAUGGAUACUACUGUGAAUUCAAAUGUUGCUAUGAACAACGUUACGGACAUUACAAAUCUGGAGAAACCACAACAUACUAUAAAAAAGACGGUAAUUGUCAAUUUUGUGGGAAAAAACUGAAAUCACAGCAAAUUGACACUUCUGAGAGUUACCGUACAGUUACUACAGAAUCCAAUGUUAUCUACAGACCAUUCAAUUAG